UCGGGGCGAGGUGACAACCGCUCGUUACGACUAUCCGAAGCCAGUUAUUAAAAACGUCUCGACGCGAACGGUGCGCCGCCCUGUAAUUAUCCAGUUGAAGGUUCUUUGCGUUACGUUGUCACCACUCUCGACCGUUACCGGAAAUGCAAUACGUGGAUCCGCCCGCGCAACAGGUGAUGAAUGUGAUGAGUGGUUACGGUUGUGGUUACGGGCGUAGUGAUGCUCUGUCGCCAGCCUCGGAUUUAUCAUCGUGCAGCAGUGCCUCGUCCGGUGCUUGGUGUGGCACCAGCUGGAGAGAGCUGCCACCAUACUCUCAGUAUCCCGCAUAUUGGCCACCAACUACUUCAGCCACCGAAGACGCAAGAGAAAUUCAACGGCGUUGCGCAAAAUGCCGUUGUCCUAACUGCCUUACAGAAGCAGCUGGAUUUGGGCCAAACUACGGCAAGGAUGGCGCGAAAAGGGAGCAUGUGUGUCACGUUCCCGGAUGCGGGAAAGUUUAUGGAAAAACAUCUCAUCUUAAAGCCCAUCUCCGCUGGCACACAGGGGAGAGACCUUUCGUGUGCAACUGGCUAUUUUGUGGAAAGAGAUUUACCCGUUCCGAUGAACUACAGCGUCAUCUUCGCACUCAUACUGGUGAGAAAAGAUUUGCUUGCCAGUUGUGUACGAAACGUUUCAUGCGCUCCGAUCACCUCGCGAAACAUGUAAAGACACACGCGAAUGUGUCGAGGAAGGCGAAAAAGGCUAAAGACGAUGAAAAGGAAUCGAUUGUUAAGUCUAAUGAUGAAAAAGCAGAACAAAGACAAAUAACUGAAAUAACACCACCUCCAGCUGUAGCUCCAAUCGGUAGUUCGAACUAUGGAACAGUGCCCACAUUAAACGAGGGGCCGAAGCAGAUUUUAAAUUACGCAACAGUAGCCCCCCACGUAAUGUCAGGUGCUCCAGCGAGUUAUAAUAGUAGUGGUGUGUUUGCUAACGGAAAUGUCCCUUACAGCAGUGGUUGGUACCCGGAGGUUCGUCAGGACUCAUUGUACUCCAGAGACCCACGUUUCUACCAACAAUAUCCCUCACACCUAACAUACCAGUGCGCCUCUAAGGAUAACUAUGUUUUCCAAGGACAUUAUAAUUUUCAACCACCCGUGGCCAUAGGACAGUGAUUCAUAAAUUAUUAAUAUGUAACGUACGGUUUUAUGCAUGUGCCAUAAAUAUUGCCUUGGAUAUGUGAAUGCUCGUUUUCCUUUUAUUUCUUGUAUUUUCUGUAAAUUAUGUUACCAUAUACAUAGGAAUGUGAUGAAAUUAUAUUAUAUUGUAGUGUUUUUUUUUUUUUAAAUAAAAUGUUGUAAUUUUACCAAUAACAACUGUCUUGUUUUGAAGGUCCUGAAAAA